AGCCGGUGGCGCUGCUUCCCUCGUCACUCUGCAGACCGCUGCCGCCGCUGUCCGCUGUCCGUCGUCCGCAAUGAAGCUCCUGGUGGUGCUGUGCAGUGUGGUGGCCGCUUGCGCCGGCCAGGUGCUGCUGUACCCGGCCCCGCUGCUGCGCUACAACCACUUGGCGCCGCUGGUCGCUCCCAUCUCGACGCAGUUCCGCGCUCAGGACGAGCUGGGCCAGUUCACGUUCGCCACAGCCGGUGACAACCAGGGCCGCGUGGAGAGCAAGUCGCUGGACGGCGCGGUGCGCGGCGCCUACAGCUAUGUCGACCCCACCGGCAAACUGGUGAACGUGCAGUAUGUCGCUGACGACAACGGCUUCCGUGUGGUGGGCGCCAACAACCUGCCCGAGGCGCGGUCCAGCGCCCCGGCGCCCGUCAGCGACACCCCGGAGGUGGUGGCGGCGCGCGCGCUCUUCCAGAAGCAGUACGAGGAGGCGGCGCGCGCCGCGGAGGCGGCGCCCGAGCAGACGCUGAGCCGGCGCCGGCGCCAGGCGGUGCUGCCCGUGCCCGUGCUGCUGCCCGCCGCCAGGACCACCGUCAAGGUCGCCAGAUACGAGCCCGUCGACGCCGCCGUGCCCGCCUCCACCCGCAAGGUUGAGCUGAAGGAGAAGGAGGAGGAGGUGCUGGCUGCCGCCCCCGUGCCCCUGCCGCUGGCCUACGCCGUACCCGCCCCAAAGGCCAAGGUGCACCAGCUGGAGGAGGUGGACGCCGCCGUGCCCGCCGCCACCCGCAAGCUGGAGGUCAAGGAGAAGGAGGCCGAGCUGGUGCCCCUGUUGCCGCUGCCCGCCGCGCGCUUCGUCGUGCUCUGAGCGCGCCUCGCACUCGGCCCCACCUGCUAACCACAUCACAGCCACACACCACUCCCUCCCUCAGAGGCCUCCGCGACCACCGACCCAGCCACGACGUCAUCGGCGACAGCUCGGAACCCGACUCACCCAACUCUGCGUCUCAGUGGACCAGAUCUGGACGGCCGGUUGUACUGUUCGUGGAUGAGCUCCAGUACACGUCUGCGACCAUCGCUCCAUCCACAACAUGACUGGUGACGCUCGAAACCCGACAGACCCAGCUCUGCAUACCGGUGUACCAGAUCUGGACGACUGGUUGCAGCGCACACAGACGAACUCAAUUGGCCCCGAGCUAUAACACACCUUCUGCCGAUCUCGUCGGAAGAUACAACCGGAAAACGUACCAGAACACGACACACGUCGAAUGGAAGUCCUCAGUGGUGUAUGUGUUAUGAACUGGCAUCUGACUUGGGAAAACUAAAUAUCACUACUUCAUUACUUUGACAAGACUGUCUACUAACCCUGGGAAACAAAUUGCUAUUUCGUUUGUUGCAUUCGAUGUUUAAGCUUUCCCAUAAAUACUUAUGGGAAUUCGUCGGUUGUCGAGGAAGUUUCUGAAUUUACAAUAAAGCAUCUCAUUUUUAAUUAAA